UUCCGGGGCGGUGCGUGUGCGCUGCUCGGUCCGGAUUGGGGCUGCGCAGGCUGAGGGAGCGCGUCUGGAGGAGGGACGGUGCGAGCCUGGCGGCCGCCAUGAGUAGUUCACAAAACAAUGACGUGAAAAGGCAGUUUCUUCUAGAACGGUUACUGGAUGCAGUUAAGCAGUGUCAAAUACGGUUUGGAGGAAGAAAAGAAAUAGCUUCAGAUUCUGAUAGCAGAGUCACUUGCUUGUGCGCUCAGUUUGAAGCUGUGUUACAGCACGGCCUGAGGAGGAGCCGAGGACUAGCAUUAACAGCAGCAGCAAUCAAACAGGCAGCAGGUUUCUCUAGUAAAACUGAAACAGAGCCAGUGUUUUGGUACUAUGUGAAAGAAUUUCUGAAUAAACAUGAACUACAGCGCUUUUACUCUCUGAAGACAAUUACUACAGAUAUCGGCAGAGGUCGGGCUUGGUUGCGCUGUGCAUUGAAUGAACAUUCCCUAGAAAGAUAUGUUCAUAUGCUACUUGCAGACAAGAAUCGGCUUAGUGUCUUCUAUGAAGACUGGUCUUUUAUGAUGGAUGAAGAACGUUCUAGUAUGAUUCCUACAAUGGCAGCUGGUCUGAACUCCAUUCUGUUUGCAAUCAGCAUUGAUAAUAGAGAUUUAAAUGGACAAAGCAAAUGCACACCCACAGUGUCUGAUCUGUUAAAAGAAUCAACACAAAAUGUAACUUCAUUAUUGAAAGAAUCCACUCAGGGUGUUAGUAGUCUUCUUAGAGAGAUAACUGCAUCCUCUGCUGUCUCCAUUCUCAUAAAACCUGAUCAAGACACUGAUCCGCUUCCUGUUCUCUCAAAGAAUGUAAAUGCUGAAUUGAAAUAUAAGAAAGAUCGAAAAAAGAAGAAGAGGGUGACAAAUAUAAUAUCAUUUGAUGAAGAAAAUGAUGAACUAAAUGUGGGAGAAGUCACAAAGACCCCUAUUAUGGGACAAAGUUCAGAGGAGAGUUUAGAUAGAUCUUCAGUUUUUAUAUUACCCUCAUCUGAAACCAAUCAUGGAAAAAAUUCUAACGAGAAUGAAAGUAACCACUCGUGGAAAAGUAAUUCUGUUUUUAUGAAUGGAGAGUAUGAAUACCAGAAACUAGAUGUGAAAAGUAUUGAUGAUGAAGAUGCAGAUGAAGAUGAACUAUGUGGAAAAACAUCAGGAAAUAAAGGCACAGAAGCAGAAACUGAAACUUCUGAAAAGCCUCAUGAAAUUGUCACAUGCAAUUCUCAGAUAUGCAGCUGGACUCCUCUGCAAGUUCUGAAUUAUGACUCGGAUGUCCUGUUUCCUGUCAGUGCUGUUGACUCCCAAACUGAUAAAUUGGAGAAUGGAGGGGGGCACGAAGAUGUUCUUGAUGCAGUAGAACUGUUUCCAAGAAGAUCUGAUCUUUCCUACAGAGUGGAAGUCAGUCCUCCAGCUCAAGUGAAUACUUUAAGCAAUAUGUUGCCUUCAGCCACUAUGCCCGAAUCCAUGACAAUUAAUGAACUUCGUCAAGCUAUUCUGGCCAUGGUGAAUAGAAAAGAUGAACUGGAAGAACAGAAUAGGUCCCUUAGAAAUCUGCUUGAUGGUGAGAUGGAGCAUUCUGCAGCACUGAGGCAGGAAAUGGACAAUUGGAGAAGGAAGAUAGCAGAACAGGAAGAGCGACAUGCCACGAAGGUCCAAGCCUUGGCACGAGAAAAUGAAGUGCUAAAAGUGCAACUUAAGAAGUAUGUAGGAGCUGUCCAGAUGCUCAGAAGAGAAGGUCAAGCAGUGGAAGUUUUGCCAAACAUUUGGAGCACUGAUGGUGAACUUAAUAUUCCAGAGCAAAAGCAAGUAGAAAACAAUGAGGAACUAGCCAGCUCUUAUGAAAGAAAAUUGAUUGAGGUGGCCGAAAUGCAUGGGGAAUUGAUCGAGUUUAAUGAGAGGCUGCACCGUGCUCUAAUGGCUAAAGAAGCUCUUGUGUCCCAGAUGAGACAGGAGCUAAUUGAUUUGAGAGGGCCGGUCCCUGGAGAUUUGAGUCAAACAUCUGAAGAUCAGAGUCUGUCAGACUUUGAAAUAUCAAAUCGAGCUCUUAUUAAUGUUUGGAUUCCCUCAGUCUUUCUGCGUGGAAAAGCUGCUAAUGCAUUCCAUGUUUAUCAAGUUUAUAUAAGAAUAAAGGACGAUGAAUGGAAUGUUUAUCGAAGAUAUACGGAGUUCAGAAGCUUGCAUCAUAAAUUACAGAAUAAAUACCACCAAGUGAGGACUUUUAACUUUCCACCAAAAAAAGCUAUUGGAAAUAAGGAUGCAAAAUUUGUAGAAGAGCGUCGCAAACAGCUGCAAAAUUACCUAAGGAAUGUAAUGAACAAAGUUAUUCAAGUUGUGCCAGAAUUUGCAGCCAAUCCCAAAAAAGAGACUCUAAUUCAGCUGAUGCCCUUUUUUGUAUGCACCUCAGGCAGAACUUGACACCUAGACAAAAUCAAUGCAACAGGAUUGGUGUGCAAGCAAAUGCGAGGCAGAUCAAUCAGGAAUGCUGAAAUUCUAAACAAUGACCUGGUGGGAAGAAGGAAUUGAUUCUCAGCUGGUUGCGUUUUUUCUUCAGACUGAGACAAGAGGGGAAAAGUCAUUUUCCAUGUAAUUCUGUGGACAUGCCAGCAGGAGGAGCUUGAGUAUUAAAAUGUUCAUUCAGAGAAGUACAUCACCAAUUUAAAGAAAUUGCACGUAACACUGUGCUUUCUUCUGCAAUACAAACUGCCGUACAGCCAUGAAGUAGCUUCUGUUGACCUGACAAAGCUAACGCACUAUUGGCAGCAUCCUGUUGGUAAAUUAACCUAAUUUAGUUUGAGAAAACUGGGCGAAAAAAAAUUAUUCAGUUAUAGCAGCUCUUAAAUAUCAAGGAUACAUCUACAUGUUACAAAAUGCAUAUGUUAAAAAAAACCCAACCCUCUGAAACUACUCUGUGCUGUACUACAAACACUAGAGAAUAAACAAUGCAUGGCAGUAGUUUUAUAAACAAUAUAAAAGCACUGAAUAAUAAUAUUCGUGUACUAAAAGAAUGUUAAUGAGCACAGCUGAAAUUGAAUUCACAUGAUCAGAGUUCUCUGUAGCAAAUUAAAAAGUAGUGUUGAGUUUCAAAAUACUGUAUCACAGGACCAUGGGGUUGGAAGUCCUAUUAGCCUUGGCAACCAAAAAUUAGUAACAUAUGCUAAAUUUUUAGAGAUUUGAUUUUGUUGAAGAGAAAAUAUAGAAUUAAAGAUCUAGAUUGUUAGCCUUGUUAUUAAAGGAGGAUAUAUGCCACAGUUACUUCAUUCGUUUUUUUUUAUGUCAAUGACUUUCUGGUUGCCUAGGAAGACUCUGUUUCAUGAACAUAGUGAAUUUUAAUUCAGAAAAAUCAUCUACCUUGCUAUUUUAACUAUUACUUUAGGCUAUUCUGCAAGGAAAGUUACAGAAGUGAAAUACACUACUAUUACAAAUCCUUCUUUUUUUCCUGUUAAUGUUAUCAUCUAAAUUGGACAAUUUUUUUUUCCGUACUGAAUUACAUUGUUAUUACUGAAGUAAAUAACAUUGAAUGUGUGCAUUGUAGUUCCAAAGCUAAUUGCUACCACUGAUACAGCUGCUCUUAUCUCAAGGAAGUAUUCUGCUUCUUGCAAGUGAAUUUUCCACUUGACCCUUGGCCUUGUUAAUGUCUUUUGCCUUGCUAUGAUCUCUCCCACGAGGGUGUACAAAGUGCUUGAGUGGAGUCUGCGCAUGCCUAUGGCUUUUUCAGGGUUGUCUGAACUGUGAGGACAGUCACUGCAGGAAAAGGGAACACAGGGUAAUCUGUUUUUUAAAAGAUCUGUAUUUAUUUAAAAUGGCAAGAACUGCAGAAGAUUAGUUCCUCCCUUUUGGACUUAUUGACUCAAUCUGAAAAUAAGUAACUUUUAAUUUUAAAAAAUUACAAAAAUAAACUUGACUUUGUAUGCUGUGUAAUUUUACAGCCUAGAUGAGUUACAAAAUGCAAAAUUUAUGUAUUAGUCUGUAUGUAAGCAGCGUAAUUAAAAACCAUCUGAAGUCUUCUAAGAGAAUGGCAAAAGUACAAUGCUAUCCCUUUAUACUGUAGUUUUCCGAGGAGCGUAUAGCCUCUGAAUAUCACCUAGGUAAGCUUGAAUUUUAUGUUACUGUUUGUUCUUGAGCUUAAUGUACUUCUCAGAGUCUUUUCAAAAAGGCUCAUUCAUGUAAGGCUGUAGUCUGUUGUGGGUCAGAAGAGAUGCAGGAAUUCCCAACAGGGAUGUAUUGCUAAUGUUCUUCAUCGCAUCAAUUAGAGGAUUGUUAAGUAGAGUAUCAUCCAAGCUUAUGUCUAUUGUGCUUGUACUUCUAUCACUUCAAAAUGCUUAUUCCACCAUUUCCGAACUGCAGCUCAAUGCUUUAUCUUGUAAUUUGCAACCUUCCAUAAAGAAUUGGAAGUUCUACUAGUUCUCAUUACUGAAAGAGCCCAUUUGUAAAUUGAAGUUGAGAUACCUGUAGAAAGAAUUUAGUUCUGUGUAGCUGAAGAUGUGUGCUGUACUUCUCAGUGAUGUGCCAGGCAGUCAUAACAUCUGCUUUUUUCAUGUUCAAAAUGAUGACAGAAUAAUUUGCGUAUAAUUUAUUAAAAAACUGCCUUU